GGAAAUUUUACAGCUUAAGAGAAAAGAAGGAUAGAGCAGAAAGCUGAAAUCUAGGGUUUUAGGGCUGGAGAGCAAGAGACAUAGAAGAUGAAUUCAGUGACCAAAAGCAACAAUAAUCAUCAUCAGAUGAAGAAGAAGACCCAGAAGCCCGAAACAAAGUUCCGUAUGGACCUUGAUUUAUGUUCCCGAAACAAAGAUCUUUCCGCCGCUAUUUCUCUCUACAACUUCGCUCUUUCUAAUCCCACCACUAUUCAUCUCAAUCAGCACCACUUCAACUCUCUUCUCUACAUUUGUUCUAACUCUGUUUCUGACCCCACUGCUCUUGAUUAUGGGUCUCGUAUUUUCGACCAUAUGUUGUCGUCUAACGUUGUUCCUAAUGAAGCUACUAUCACUUCGGCUGCUCGAAUUGCGGCGGCCAAGGGGGAUGCUGAUUCUGCGUUUGAAUUGGUUAAGGGGAUGGGGAAAUAUGGUGGUGGGGUUGUUCCUAAGUUGAGGACUUAUGGGCCUGCGUUGUUUGCGUUUUGUGGGAGUUUGGAGGCGGAGAAGGCGUAUUUGGUGGAGGAGGAUAUGGUUGCGAAUGGGCUGGUUGCGGAGGAGGCGGAGUUGAUGGGGUUGUUGAGAGUGAGUGUGGAGUGUGGGAGGAGUGAUAGGGUUUAUGGGUAUUUGCAUAAGAUGAGGAGGGUGGUGAGGUGUGUGAGUGAGGAGGUUGUGGGGGUUUUGGAGAAGUGGUUUCGAGGGGGGGAUGUAGGGGGUUUGGAGGAAUGGGAUGCGGGGUUGGUUAAAGAUGCGGUUUUGAGGAAUGGGGGUGGGUGGCAUGGGUUGGGUUGGUUGGGGAAGGGGAGGUGGGAUGUGAGGAGAACAAAGGUUGGCUCGAGUGGGGUUUGUUGUUGUUGUGAUCGGGGUUUGGUUUGUGUUGAUAUUGGGGAGGAGGAGGCGGACAAGUUUGGGGAGUCUGUGGCUGCUUUAGCUAUGAAAAGGGAAGUGGAGGCUAAUUUUAGGGAUUUUCAGAAUUGGUUGGAUGGGCAUUGUGAGUAUGAGGCUAUAGUGGAUGCAGCAAAUAUUGGGCUUUUUCAGCAGAAUUUCGCGGAAGGUGGGUUUAGUAUGGCGCAAUUGGUUGCCGUUGUGAAGGAAUUGUAUAAGAGGAACAACAAAUGGCCGCUUAUUGUGUUGCAUAAGAAACGUGUUAAGUCACUCUAUGAGGAUGCUAGUAAUCGAGAGCUUCUUGAUGAGUGGAUGCAGAAAGGGGUGUUGUUUGGGACACCAUAUGGAUCAAAUGAUGAUUGGUACUGGCUAUAUGCUGCUGUGAAGCUUAAGUGUUUUCUUGUGACUAAUGAUGAGAUGAGAGACCAUAUUUUUGAGCUUAUAGGUAGUGAUUUCUUUGUGAAGUGGAAAGAAAGACAUCAAAUUCGGUAUAGUUUUGUUAAAGGGGCAGUUGACCUUCAUAUGCCCCCUCCAUAUUCUGUUUGCAUCCAAGAAUCGGAAAGUGGAGCAUGGCAUGUGCCCCUGGCAAGCGAAUGCAACAAUGAAUCGUCAAGAACUUGGCUUUGUAUUAGUAGGACUAUCGAGCAUAAAACUUCUGAUGAAGAUACCAAGUGUCUGGAAAGUUCAGAAAUAACAAGAAGUCACGAGUCAUUCAAUUCGUGCCAACCACUUAAUGAUGCUACAUUGAGUAAUGGUUUGGCGGGUCGUUCUGAUUCAUGUUCCAAUGCUGCUGUAACAGGUAAACGGAAAGAGAGGUCACCAUCACCCUCUAGGACUGGAUUGUAAACUUAGUAUUGCAAACCAUUUGUCAAGUGUUCGGUGGCAACUUAUUUUUCUUGUAGAUUGCCUACAUUAGCGAACCUUUCUUGCUUAUCUAUUUUCCAGUUUUGUCAAGUACUUUGUUUUGCACACUAUAUGGCUUUAUAAGUGAAAGGAUAACUUGGCAGUCUUUUAUUGAA